AUGGCUCUUUGGAACUCACGUGUAAGAAAGAAUAAGGCAGUUGCUUCUGUUCAGAAGUUGCAAGAAGACAACAAUGUCGUGGCUUGUCAGCUUCAACUAACAAGUCUGCGUAUGGUCAGGUCAUGUACUUAUUCAGAAUGCGAAAGGUUUCAGAUGUGUAUAGUGGAUUAUGUAUGUGUUGAUGAUAUAAAAUUUUCCUUGUUGAUGAUCCAUUCAGGGUCCUCCCAGCAGGGUUCUCCAAGACUUGUUGGAAAGGAUCAGAAGUGCAAGCUGCUCGACAUUACGAGUCUGAAGAGGGUUGUUGCUGAGGGACGGUGGUCUUCAAAUAACCCAGACCAGUUAGUGCAUUUUGUUCCCUUAGGCUUUGAGGCAGUCCGUGUGUGUAUGGAUCGAUACAGUGAAGGUCAACGAUGCAGAUAUUUGGAGGCCUAA